ACGUUGCUAUGGACAUUGCAUUGCUAUGACAGCCACUUUGCCCAUGCCAACGGUUGUCAUGGUGGAUGGCUUCGCCCUAGGAGGGGGUCUGGAGCUGGCGCUUGCCUGUGACCUUCGCACUGCCGCCUACUCUGCACAGAUGGUUUUGAUUGAGAAGACACAGGGGCUACUCCCAGGGGCUGGGGGCAGUCAGCGUCCCCUCAGAGCGGUGGGCUUUGCCCUGGCUAAAGAGCUGAUCUUCACUGGUAGGAGAGUGGAUGGAUAGAGGGCUGUGGACAUCGGACUGGUCAACAGAGCUACAGAGUAGAACUCAGAUGGAGACGCUGCCUUUUGUGUGGUCUCCAGGCCCCCAUCGCUGUGA